AUGUCCAACAGCAGCUCCAUCACCCAGUUCCUCCUCCUGGCAUUCACAGACACACGGGAGCUGCAGCUCUUGCACUUCUGGCUCUUCCUGGGCAUCUACCUGGCUGGUCUCCUGGGCAAUGGCCUCAUCAUCACCACCAUCGCCUGUGACCAACACCUUCACACCCCCAUGUACUUCUUUCUCUUCAGCCUCUCACUCCUUGAUCUGGGAUCCAUCUCCACCACUGUCCCAAAAUAUAUGGCCAAUUCCCUAUGGAACACCAGGGCCAUCUCCUACAUGGGAUGUGUUGCUCAGGUCUUCUUUGUGUUGUUCUUGUUUAGUGCAGAAUACUCUCUUCUCACGGUCAUGUCCUAUGACCGUUACGUUGCCAUCUGCAAACCCCUGCACUACGGGACCCUCCUGGGCAGCAGAGCUUGUGUCCACAUGGCAGCAGCUGCCUGGGGCGCUGCGUUUCUCAAUGCUCUGCUGCACACGGCCAAUACAUUUUCCCUGCCCCUCUGCCAGGGCAAUGCUGUGGACCAGUUCUUCUGUGAAAUUCCACAGGUCCUUAAGCUCUCCUGCUCACAAUCCUACCUCAGGGAAGUUGGACUUCUUGGCAUUAGUGCCCUUCUAUCUUUUGGCUGUUUUGUUUCCAUUGUGGUGUCCUAUUUGCAAAUAUUCAGGGCCGUGCUGAGGAUCUGCUCGGAGCAGGGAUGGCACAAAGCCUUUUCCACGUGCCUCCCUCAUCUGGCCGUGGUCUCCCUGUUUAUCAGCGCCGGAGUAUUUGCCUACCUGAAGCCUUCCUCUGUUGCUUCUCCAUCCCUGGACCUGGUGGUGUCAGUUCUAUACUCAGUACUGCCUCCAGCAUUGAACCCCCUCAUCUACAGCUUGAGGAACCAGCAGCUCAAGGAUGCAGUGUGGAAACUGAUAUCUGGAUGGGUUUCUGAAGCAAUAAAUUGCUCAUCAUGUACUGCAUAG